AUGCCGAUCAUAAUUGGGAUAGACGUUGGGGGUACCAACACAGAUGCCGUGGCCAUCGAUCUUACUUUGAGUGAGACCGGGCCCGCACAAAGCAUCUUGAGCACGACAAAGACUCCUACUACGCCUGACACCAGCCUUGGCAUCAACACGGCCUUGAGAAAGAUAUUGGGUGACCUUCCGGAAGAGGCCAGGGACGAUGUUAUUGCUGUCAAUGUUGGCACCACUCACUUCCUCAACUCCGUCAUUGAGAAAGACAGAAGGAAACUAGCCAAGGUCGCCGUAUUGCGUCUUGGUGGACCAUAUGGCAGGGAAGUGCCUCCAUCUGCCGGCCUUCCGAAUGACUUAAGACACAUUGUCGAAGGGUUCAGUGCAACGUUGCCAGGCGGCCUGGAAAUUGAUGGGAGAGAAAUAGAGGCCGUGGACGAAGCCAUUGUCAGGAAGACGGCUGAGGAGAUCCGGGCCGCGGGCAUCAGGAAUAUCGCCAUCAUUGGCAUCUAUUCCCCAAUAGACUCAUCCCUACACCAAGAGGAGCAUGUUUCCGAUAUCCUCCGCUCAGUCCUUGGAGAAGAUGUCAACAUCACUCUCUCGCACAAGGUCGCCGGCGUAGGCUUUAUCGAGAGGGAGAACGCCACGAUCUUGAACGCCACGAUUUUACCUUUUGCCCGGAAAACAAUUGGCCAGUUUCAACGAUCAAUUCGCGAACUUGACAUACCUGCAAAACUAUUCCUCACGAGAAAUGACGGUACCCUUAUCAGAGCAGCAGAUGCUGCAAGCCUGCCCGUAUCGACAUUUCUAUCAGGCCCAACAAACUCUUUAACCGGCGCGGUAUUCCUCGCAAACACUCAAGGCCGCAUUGAUCAGGGGGCUUUGGUCCUGGACAUUGGUGGGACAACCUCUGAUGUCUGCGCAGUAGAGCCAUCAGGCUUGCCGCGUCCAGCGGCUGCAGUCUCUUAUUUUGCAGGCGUGAGGACCAACUUUGCCGUCUCGGACCUCCGCAGUAUCGGCCUUGGGGGAGGCUCGCUUGUUCAAGUGACUGACUCGGGUGAGGUAGCCGUCGGACCCCGAUCGGUAGGAAAGGACCUCAACACUGAGGCUCGAGUUUUUGGAGGCCAGGUUUUGACCGCAACGGACAUAGCCGUAGCCUCCGGGCUGGAAGAGCUGGGAGAUAAGUCGCUGGUCUCAGAUGUUCCGGCAUCUGUGAUCUCGCAGGCCAGAAAAAGAAUCCAGGUGCUGUUGGAAACAGUCAUCGAUGAGAUGAAAACCGCCGCGACGGAUAUUCCCGUUAUCCUUGUGGGAGGAGGUAGCAUCCUCUGCCCGGAGUCCGUCAAAGGCGUGUUCGAGAUCUUACGGCAUCCACUCGCCCACGUCGCAAACGCAGUCGGUGCAGCAAUGGCGAAGGUAUCUGGAUCUGCAGACGCAAUCGUGCAUCUCACCACCAGUCAGUCAGAAGAGCAGGCAGUUUCUCAAGUUCGAGAGCAGGCGAUCCUCAACGCCCGCCUUGCCGGGGCCGAGAACCCUCAGAUUGUGGAGGAAACUAUUUUACCGGUGCCGUAUACUAACACGAGAUCGUCACAUAUCAGUGUUCGGGCAGUUGGGAGGCUGUCAAGGACUGGCCAUGACACCCUGAAAGAGAAUUCAGCUCUGGUCAACAGUGAUGGAGUUCUCGAGGUGGAUGAAGCAGAAACAUCUCCUUCGCCAAGUCCAGAGAUUUCUCCAACGUACGAGACUGUGUCUGAAGAUACUUUUGACGUUGCAUCUUAUCGUCCAAAAAUUACAAACAGCCGAUGGCUUCUUUCUCCGCUCGAUCUUGACUUCAUCGCCGAAGGCUGCGCCAUACUCGGCUGCGGCGGUGGGGGAGAUGUCUACGCAAGUCAUCUCAGUGCUAAGAGGAUUCUGGCUCACGGUGGCUCGGUAGAGGUUAUCCCCUUGGAUCUGCUACCGGAUGAUGGUGUCAUUCCAGCAGUAGCGGUGAUGGGCUCACCGAGUACAUUUUCCGAACGUCUUCCUUCCGGCGAGGAGCUGAAGAAUUCGGUGACCGCUGCCUUGGCAUCCCAGGGUCUAACCAUCAACGACCUCACGGCAAUUAUGAGCCUCGAGAUUGGAGGCUCAAAUGGUAUGCGUGGCAUCCAAGCCGCUCUCUGGACGGGGAAGCCCCUUGUCGAUGCGGACUUUAUGGGUCGGGCAUAUCCAAACCUCUGGCAGGUCACGCCUAACAACGCGGGCAUCGUGCUCACCCCGGCAGCCGCAUCGGAUGGCAAAGGAAACACUGUUGUGCAGGUCCGAGCGAGCUCCAAUCGCGAAAUCGAGGCCAUGUUGCGUGCCGUUUGCGUGCAAAUGGGACAGGCAGCGGGAAUAUCGCUCGGCAACCUGACCGGCCACCAAGUCAAGCAAUACGCGGCCCAGUCAUCGAUAUCCCUUGCAUGGAGACUGGGUCGAGCCUCGCAGCUGGCACGGCUGGAAAAACGAGACAUCGUGGAGAGUAUACUAGCAAUACACCCUGGACGGAAGCUCUUGACCGGCAAGAUCACCAGCGUUUCCCGCCAUGUGCGAGAUGGCUUUACGGAGGGAUCUGCGAAGCUCACACCAUUUGGCGUGUUUGGAGGAGAGGAGAAGAUAUCAUCGACCUCUAAGGACAUCAAGGUCGAUUUCCAGAACGAAAACAUAAUUGCGUAUCAUGUGGAGAGUAAAGUUGCCUUGGCCAGCGUCCCUGACCUGAUAUGCUUGCUCGAUGCUGAAGACGGCAGGGCGCUGGGCACUCAGGACUAUCGUUAUGGAUUACGAGUCCAUGUUGUGGUUCUUGCCGGUAGCUCACAAUGGACAACAGGAGAAGGACUGAAGAAUGGAGGACCGGAGGGUUUCGGGUAA